CUUGUAGCUACGUGACGCCGCACCACCACCAAUUCUCCUUCUCUCCUCCUCCUUUGUGAGCUUGACAAGCUGGUUCCUUCUUGACCCGGUCUGGGACACGCACAGAGAUAAUGGCUGUACCUCCCACCUACGUUGACCUUGGAAAGUCUGCCAAGGAUGUUUUUACCAAGGGUUACGGCUUCGGGCUCAUCAAGCUGGACUUGAAAACAAAGUCUGAGAAUGGACUGGAGUUCACCAGCACAGGUUCUGCCAACACUGAGACCAGCAAAGUGACUGGAUCUCUGGAGACCAAGUACAAGUGGGCGGAGCAUGGGCUGACCUUUACAGAGAAGUGGAACACAGACAACACCCUUGGAACUGAAAUCACCAUUGAAGACCAGUUGACUAAGGGACUGAAGCUGACAUUUGAUUCCUCUUUCUCACCAAACACUGGCAAGAAAGGAGGCAAAAUCAAGACCGCUUACAAGUGCGACCACGUUAAUGUCGGCUGUGACGUCAACUACGACAUCAACGGCACUGCCAUCCACGGCGCAGCAGUGGUGGGCUACGAGGGCUGGCUGGCGGGCUACCAGAUGACCUUCGAGGCCGGCAGGAACAGGAUCACCCAGAGCAACUUUGCAGUUGGAUACAAGACUGAUGAGUUCCAGCUCCACACGAAUGUAAAUGAUGGUACUGAGUUUGGUGGCUCCAUCUACCAGAAGGUGAACGACCAGCUCGAGACGGCCGUCAACCUGGCCUGGACUGCUGGAAACAGCAACACCCGCUUUGGCAUUGCUGCCAAGUAUCAGAUUGACUCUGAUGCAGCCUUCUCGGCCAAGGUGAACAACUCCAGCCUUGUGGGCCUGGGCUACACUCAGACUCUGAAGCCAGGCAUCAAGCUGACGCUCUCUGCUCUCCUCGAUGGCAAGAACAUCAACGCCGGUGGUCACAAGCUCGGUCUCGGCCUCGAAUUCCAGGCAUAGGGGGAUGAAACGAAAAGCCCUUACUGUCCUCCCAGCACACGUGCAUUCCCCUACCUCUCCCCCCCACCCCCUAAAAAGGUUUGAAGUCCGUUACUGAUUAGUUAGCCGUCACAAAGUCUGUGUUUCCUCUAGUCGUUACUUCAGCUGGAAUUGAAACUAUUUUAAGGUUAAAUCGUCCAUGUGACGAUGUACCGCUUUUACAGGACCACUUUAAGGGAACACUAUAUUUUGGAAAAUAAACACCCCAGCUCAACACAAAACAAAACUUGAGUCGUUAAAACAGAAAGUUUCAUCUUGAGAUUGUUUAACUUUGUCACCAUUCUCACACCGUUACUUAAUUGGUGCGUCUCUUUGCUUUCCAAUGCAGAUUUAAAGGGAGGAUGAAAACUAGGUCAGCCCAAAGUGCAAGUGUGGCUCGACAGGGUUGUAGUGUGAGUAGUUACGCCAUCAGAUGGUGCUGUUGCAUAGAACUGGUAAGCACUCCCCCACGUAAAGUAAAGUGGUGAAUUAACUUUGAGUCACUAUUGCACUUGAGUGUUCUAGUGUUUGUCUGAACACAUUAUACAAAGGGAAGAGUCAAUUGCCCCGAUACAAGCCGCUGUCAGUAGCUUGAAGAGUCACUACACUCCCGUGUGUACAUUCUGUGUUUUUGUCGUGUCUUUUUGUCUGUGCAUUUGGUGUGAAUCAUGUCUUUUGUUACAUAGAGUAAGAAAAAAAACUUUAUUUUAUUGACAGUCUUGCAAAGUAAUAAUUCAACGUUGAAGUCUUAUGCAGGCCUGUCAAUUAUUUGUGGUCAAGCAAAACGAAAAGAAACCGAUCACGCACUCACGUCAAGUCUCUCUGGAUAAGUGCUUCUUUUGAAGGAGAGCAAAAAGGAUACAGUGAAGAAGAAACGGUAGUCUUCCUCAAAUGGUUUUGGGAAACAUGCUCGGUGUAUUUGACAAUAUUGUCAUUCCCUUAAAUAAAUUAAGAACAUCUUAAA